CUAACAAACCUAACAAACCCUGGUUUUGUACAAACGAACGCCUACGCUGGGAGUUUUUUAGUAAAGGACAAAAGAGAACAAUUCACUCACGCGCUAACGAGAUUAACAAACUACAAGAAACACAAAGGCCAGAAGAUUUAACAAUUGCGAGAAACAAAAAACCAAUUAAAACAAUGAAAACGAGACGUAGAAUAACUAGAAAACAAAAAAAUCGAAAUACAAAAACCGAAGAAGAAAGCGAAACUAAUACAAUAAAAAUGCAAAUUGACAAUGACGGACAAUAUGUCGAACUAGAAAACAUUCAAUUAGAGGAAGAUCAUAUAAUGGAAGGUGAAUCACUUGAACCGGAACCUUCUUUGCAUGACUCUCCGGAAGAUGUUAUGGACUCCCCUGGCUUGGAAGAAACCUCUAGAAUAUUGAAAGAUGAUAAUAACUCCGAAGAAGAAUUACAACACCCAGAAGAGAAUAACGAGGUAGUUAAAAGUGAAGACGAUAACGAUAUAGACGAAGGAGGAGGAACUGUUACCCGUAAAUUUACACGGAGCACAAGAAGACCUAGAGUAAUCAUCACACCUAAAAAACAACAGACGCGAAAGUCUCAACGUAAAUCAACAAGAGGGUCAACAAAGAGUUGGGAGUCAGAGUAUGAGUUUAAAGGCCGAGAUAUUGUAUUUGUUGAUCCACUAGAUGAUAAAGCUGAAUUUUGGUGGCCGGCAAUGAUUGUCCCCAACGACGAAAUUGAUGAAUCGAUGGAUGUUGAUGGCAAACUUGAAGAAAAUUUAUUUGCAGGAAAAUAUCUUGUAAGAUAUUUUGAAGAUAUGACAUAGUAUGUAUCAGAUCUACACGUUAUUUGCAUUCUUAUAAGAAUUAUUGCAAUGCUGACUAAUUAUUAAUGUGAAGCUCGGUGGUCGAAUAUAAAG